GAAAACUGUGAGCUUUUCGCGUUGUGUGGUUUAUGUGCCACUGAUCUGUCAGUGGUGUGUGUGCACGAUGUUCGGAAUUGCGCUGACCCGCUGUAGCACCCGAACUUUUCUAACAAUAUUCGCUGCUAAAAGCUGCAUAACAAGACCAUCGCAGCAGUGUUACAGCACAGCUUUGUGGAGGAGGGCUACUGCUUUGACGAGUGGAAAAGCAGCAUUCUUUCUGGGAUUCCCCACCCUGUCCUUUCUAGGAUAUGAAGCUUAUCACAGAGUGCAGAGUUCAGCUGUGCUGCACGCUUUAGAAAAAGUGGAUGUUUUAGAGCAGGCAGACUAUCUAUACAGCUGUGCAGAAAUGGAGAAACUCCACCAGCUGCUGCUGCUGCAGUACAAAAACAGUGAUGAUGCACAGAUCCUUUGGAGGUUGGCCCGUGUGUCACGGGAACUGUCACUGCUGCCCACCACCGAUCCUGAUGAGAAGAAGAAGUUGAUCUUUGAGGCCUUCGACUAUGCAAAGAAGGCACUGGAGAAAGAUGACAAAUAUUUUGCAGUACACAAAUGGUAUGCAGUGUGCCUCAGUGAUAUCGGCGACUACAGUGGAAUCAAAGUGAAAAUUGGAAAUUCAUACAUCAUCCGAGAACAUCUGGAGAAAGCUAUUGAGCUGAAUCCCAAAGAUGCCACUUCCUUAUACAUCUUGGGAUAUUGGUGCUUUGCUUUUGCUGAGCUGCCAUGGUACCAACGGAAGGUUGCAGCUUUAAUCUUCACGUCACCACCACAGUCCACUUAUGAGGAGGCGAUGCAGUUCUUUCUCAAAGCUGAAGAAGUUGAUCCCAACUUCUACAGUAAAAACCUGCUGAUGCUCGGGAAGACCUACAUGGCUUUAAAUGACCAGCAGAAUGCUCGACUCUGGCUGACCAAAGCUAAAGAAUAUCCUGCUCGCACCUGGGAAGAUAAAGAGGCCCACAAGGAAGCCGUGGACCUGCUGAAGAAGCUUGGGUGAAGACUUCAUUUUUGCUGAAUGGAAUGUGGCUGCCUUUCUGACAAUGUUCCAGCUGAAUUCAUUCUUUGUCUCUCAAAGGGCAAUUUAUGCACAGCAGGAAUACACAUACAUAAAAACAUCAUAAAACAUACAAUGCAAACCACACAACAACAAAACAGUACAACUGCAAAUAUAAAAAGAGGUACAAACCAAGCAGCCGUAGUAAUAAAUAAAUGAAAAGUCAGUGGUACACUGACCAGUCUUGUCGAAACAUUUUUUUGCUGUUUUACUUUAAGGUUUUACCACUGACUGAUUUGCACUUCACAGCCACCGUACCAUGACACAAACAUUUCAAAUUUGGUGGCUUGAGAGAAAAGAAGGGAAAGUCAGUGGUAUUACUUGGAAGUCUUAUCGAAAGGUGUGUUUGGUGUUUUAGCUGUUUUACUUUGUUUUCAUACAUUCUAAAAAGUCAUUCAGUGUCUUUUUAUAUAUCCCAGUAAGAAACAGCUGUACUGCCUGAACAAAAUCUAUGAAAGAUAUUCAGUUUGAUUGAGUUGGAUAUACAAAUGAAAUGCCUAAAAGUUUAACAUGUAUUUUUAACUGAACUUUACAUUAAUUUUUGAAGUUAUUUCAUUGAAAUAAAUUAGCAUUUGGUUAACAAAUUAUAUUUUUGUAAUAUCUUUAAUUUGUUUGGUCAAUUUCAUUCAGAAUAUUUGGAAAGGACUACUUAUACUGAUCAUUUUUACUUUGAUUUGCCAACAUCAUCAAGUAUAUUUAAAAUAUUUAGCAGCUCCUUAAUUUACUCAAUAUUUAUAAGUGUAAAAAUGUUUAACCAGACACAAUUAAGUAGAGCACAGUUAAGGUUUUUAGAGUCGAAUGAUGUGAAAAUCGGGUCACUCGAUUGGCUGUGUUCGUACACGUGACUUUCGCUACACUCCUGCCGCAUUAGAGCUGUAAAUGCAUGCACCAAUCACA